CAGUCCAAAUUGUAAGAUGAAUGGGAUUUUUUAACUUUGUGAAACGCCUACCUUUGAAUUGCCUUCAACUGGCAUUCAGUUUAGUGUGUCUUACAUUUAGGCUAACUACUUCGGGGUUUUGCGUUAUAACUAGGAAUACGCAGCGUUUGCUUGGAGGUUUGAUUCUUGGUGUAGGCAGUGAUGUGCACCGCGUCCUGAUUUUAGGUACGAGGAACUCUGGAAAGACUGCGCUAUUAUACCGUAUAAAGCUUGGGGAGUUCAUUUAUACAGUAACAACCAAUAGUUUUAUUGAGGAGGAUUGUACCCUUUGUAGUCAAUGUCUAAUCCCUACUGACAUUUGCAUCCAUCGUGAUUUGAAGCAGGUGGAGACUAUCCAAUUACACCUAUGCGAGGUUGGUAUCCAGGAUGACAAUGAUGUAGUUGAGAAGCAUUUAAGGCACGCUUCGAAGGUCAUAUUUGUUAUUGACGGUUCUGACUUAGCUGUGGGCGUAUCCGCUCUAAAUGAUAUCGCAAGCAUAGUAGCUCAACAUAACUUUUCUCACCAAUUGCCAAAGUAUGUAAUUUUCAACAACAAAUCGGACCUUGUAGACACGCAUCGGGGGUAUAAUAUUGAAGACGUGGGUUUACCUGAUAAUCUUAAAGAAAGGGCCAUUUGGGUAAACGGCAGUGCUCUUGGUGGUCAAGGCGUCGUUGAAUCACUUAAAUUCCUACUACAGGAAGAUAACGUUUGGGGUUAUAAGCCCAUUCAAACCAAACGCGACGAUUUGAUACAACUUAAUUAAUGUAUAUUGAAUUACUCAUGUUCUUCUU